AAAUGUAUACUAAUCAACUGCUGAUAUCAUAACAAUAACAAAAACAACGUCUGUGUAGAUCGCAUCAAUAAAUUUGGAAACUAGUGAAUUGCAGGAGUCAUCGCUUUUCCUUUCGCCAAGCUAAAAAUGUCUGAAAACCAGAAAAAGACGGCAAGCUUACUGUCGAACAUUAAUCCGCCAUCAGAACUACCAAGUUUUAUUACAGCAGUAGCACCACCAGUCGCCUUACAGCAACCCGUAGCUGGCGAUCAUCAAAGUGAAGAGUCCCCUAAAAAGGGCACUGAAACAGAUCCCUUUAUUCCAACAACAUUUAGUCCAGCAAUACCUGCUAGCAAGGAUACCAACUAUAUUGGGCAACAAGAUCCGGAUGCUACUUCAGCGAGCGGAACAGCCAAGAUAAGUCGAGAUUUUGCCAGCAUGGUGUUAAAUCCAGAACCACUGGCAGAGGCAUUGAGCCCAAUCACGCAGAGUGGAUCGGCCUUAUUCGGUUGGAUGAAGGGAGCGGUUAGCCACAAUGGUAUUUUGCAGAAGGUUGCUGAGAAGGCAAAGAACUCGGUGGAUACAAUUGUGACGACUUUGGAUCCUCAGAUGAAGGAGUAUAUCAAUUCAGGAGGAGACACGGAAGUCAUUGUGGCUUCAGACAAAGAUGACAAAGUUCGUCCAAUUCGAGAAGCAUUUCAAACAGUUUUUGGUAAAGCGACUGUUAUUGGUCUUCCUACACAAGCAGUUGGAAUCGCUGCUCAGCCGGUCGGUUUUGCCGCAGGUCUAAAGGGAGCUGAGCAUAGGAUCAAUUUGAUUCGCGCAGAGAACCCUCGAGUGGAUGACCAUUUGCCAGUCGUUGCCGUGGAAAAUUUUUUGGUCGAGCUAUAUCCCGAGCAAUGGUUUGAUGCUGGUGUUAUCGUGCUGUUUGAUUACGCUAAAAAUAUUUUACUUAAGACUGUUACUCAAAUGACACCGAUACCACUCCCUGUUGUGGCAUCAAUUCAGGCCGACACAUCGGAAGAUUAUCAGCUGAAGGAUACUGGCUUCGCCGUUACAGUUGGAAGCGUAAUGGCAAAAAAUUUGAAUACACAACACACAGAAUGGCACAAAACCUAUACAUCGGUUAGCCGAUCGGAGAUGAUACUGAAUGCGGCCAAGACGAUUGCUACCUUAUACAAGCAGGCUGUGGCGGAGUACUUUGCGAGUGCAAUUGGAUCUUCCGCGAGCACAACUGAAUAAGAUUUACUGAAUGCCAGCGUUUCGAUAGGGUGUAGAUGUGGACACUACUAGAUGCUGGUUUCUAGCUUAUCUCGUAAUGCAUUGAUUUGUGUGUAUCGGAAUAUACAUAUGUUAGUUAAAGGCAGAUACUUUAUAUUGUUAAUGUUUGUACAAUAUGUUCAACUUAGUUUUAUUUUGCAUCACGAUGCAUUGUUUUUCCUUAGAAAACAAACGACUGCACGGUUCGUUCUGUGAAUCAAUUUGUCGUAAUGCAGAAUAAAGCUGUAUACAAUUAUGUAUUUAGGAUCGCUUUAUUUUCAGAAGUUAUAUUAAUCAAUACAAUCUACUAUAUUUUACUGCUGUUAAGCUUUCUUCAAUUAAUCGAAAAAU